AAUUGAUUUGGUUUGGUUUGUAAUUGUUGUAGUAUUUGUGUUUGGCAUCGGUUGCCAUGAAAAUGCAGUCUAAACAAACUGCGGACACACACACACAAACAAACAAAUACUUAUGAGUUGAGUUGCGUUACAUUUGAGGUGAAUUAACAGAGUGGAAAAGAGAGGGAGUGAGUGCGCGCGCGAGAGAGUGAAAGAGAGAGCGAGCGAUAAAGAGCGCAAGUUCAAUAGAAACAACGUGAACCUGCGAUCGUAUCACACACAUACACUCACACACGCAUACAAGCAUCAAAUACCAAUAGAAAAAAUACUGGGUGAUUCAUAAAAAAAAUUACGAUGAUUUCAACUACGUGAAUGUUACAAAGUCCCCACACCCCCUUUCUUCCGCCUCUUUGCGCCAGUGUGUAAACAGAAAGUAAUGCAACAAAAUGUCGUUACAAAGCAACAACAACAACAAUAAUAAUAAUAAAAUUAAUAAUAAUAAUACUAUAAAUGCGAAUCCCGCUCAACAACAGCCACAUCAGCAGCACAAGCGAAAAUGUCGCCGGCAAACAACAACCACAAAUACAACAACAACAAAUCGCACCUGCCCACUAUUGCCACGCCCACUGUUGGCAUUAGGCUUAAUAAUCCUGCUACACAUUCCCGCCCUCGAUGCCCUCGUCUCCAGUUCGAGUCCGUUGCGAUAUGAUAGUUUUGCGGGCGAUAAUCGAAAGCCCGCCUUCAAAAACUGUGCAGAAUAUGCGCCAUCCGUCAAGGAGGAACAGCCGGAGAAUACGUACGUGUUCACCGUGCAAGCAGUCGAUCCGGAUCCGAAUCAGGAGAUAACGUACAGUCUUGUUCAGUCCGCCUUCGAUCGACCCAAAUUCGUGAUUCAUCCCAAUUCGGGUGUUAUUAUGACGGCGCACACCUUUGACCGGGACGAACCCAUCCACGAGAAAUUCGUGUUUGUCACCGUGCAAGCGACGGACAAUGGACUGCCUCCGCUGGACGAUGUGUGCACCUUCAAUGUGACCAUCGAGGAUAUCAACGACAAUCCGCCCGUUUUCAACAAGGCGCGCUACGACGAAUCCAUGUCCGAGAAUACCAUUCUCGACGCUGUCGUCAUGUCGAUCAGUGCGAGCGACUUUGAUGAUCGCAACAACAGCAUUGUGGAGUACGAGAUAUUGAGGGAGCGUGACUUCCAAUACUUCCGCAUCGAUAAGGAAUCGGGCAUUAUCUAUCUGCAUCGGCCGAUCGAUCGACGACCCGGCCAGACAUAUACGAUAAAUGUGCGUGCGUAUAAUAUUGUGCCGGAUCCAUUGCAGGAGGCGCACAUCGAGGUGCGAAUCCGUGUGGUCGAAUCAUCCAUAAAGCCACCCUCAUUUGUCGAUCCCAUUGACGAACCGAUCUACCUGAAGGAGGAUCUCAAGAAUUUCUCGCAACCGAUUGCAACGCUGCGCGCCGUUUCCAACAUGCCCGAUAAACCGGAGGUGAUCUUUGAGUUGAUCACGGGUCGAACGGAGCCGACGAACAACAAGAAUACCUUUGUGUUCAAUCAGAUUGGCAACGAGGUGACCAUCAAGCUGGGCAAGAUGCUCGACUACGAGGCCAUCACGGACUACACGCUGACAAUGAGUGUGCGCAACACCUUCGAAUUGGCCACCGAGCAUCAGAUCAAGAUCAAAGUGGAGGACGUCAACGAUAAUAUUCCCUUCUUUACGGAAGUCAAAUCGGGCACGAUAUUGGAGAAUGAACCACCCGGCACACCCGUGAUGCAGGUCCGAGCCUUCGACAUGGACGGAACACCAGCGAAUAACAUCAUCACAUUCGAGCUGGCCGAUAAUACGGAUUAUUUUGCCAUCGAUCCGCAGACGGGCAACAUUACGGCGCUGACCACGUUCGAUCGUGAGGAACGUGACUUCUACAAUGUGAAAGUGAGCGCAACGGAUAAUUCGCCGUCGAGUCUGUUCAACAACGGGGAUCACAAUCACGGCUAUCAGGUGUUCCGCAUCUCUAUUGGCGACAAGAACGAUCACAAGCCACAUUUCCAGCAGACAACGUAUCUGGCGGAUAAAUUGCUCGAGGAUGCGAAUACCAAUUACGAGGUGAUCGAGGUGAAGGCGGAGGAUGAGGAUAAUGCUUCCCAAAUAGUGUAUAGCAUUGAGAGUGGCAAUGUGGGUGAUGCCUUCAAGAUUGGCCUGAAAACGGGCAAGAUUACGGUUAAUCAACGACUCGAUUACGAAACCAUCACGGAAUAUGAACUGAAAGUGCGUGCUUUUGAUGGCAUCUACGAUGAUUAUGCAACGGUUGUCGUUAAGAUCGAGGAUGUCAACGAUAAUCCGCCGCUGUUCAAGAAGGAAUACAGCAUCACCAUUCAGGAGGGACCCGUGCAAUCGAACGAAUGCAUUCUCAUCAUUGAGGCAUACGAUCCGGAUAUCAAGGAUCGCACUGCAGAUCAGCACAUAACGUACUCCAUCGUCAAGGAGGACCACAAACGACUGCUGACCAUCGAUAAUAGCGGCUGUCUGCGUCUCAUUCAGCCCCUCGAUCGUGAUCCGCCCAACGGGCAUAAGAGCUGGCAGGUGCUGAUCUCGGCCAGCGAUCAGGAUGGCGUUGGCACCACGCUCAAGUCGGUGAAGCCCGUGAUUAUCACACUGGAGGAUAUCAAUGAUAAUGCACCGUUCCUCAUCAAUCAGAUGCCCGUCAUCUGGCAGGAGAAUCGCAAUCCCGGCCAGGUCGUUCAACUGCUGGCCAAUGACUACGAUGAGCCCCAGAAUGGACCGCCCUUCACGUUUGGCAUCGACAGCGAUGCCUCGCCCGACAUCAAAACGAAGUUCAGCAUCGACAACGAUUAUCUGUUUGCCAACGUUCAAUUCGAUCGCGAAAUGCAAAAGGAAUACUUUAUACCCAUUCGGAUCAGUGAUGCGGGCAUUCCCAAGCAGAGCUCGGUUAGCAUUCUCCAUCUGAUUAUCGGGGAUGUGAAUGAUAAUGCAAUGUCGGAGGGAUCAUCGCGGAUCUUUAUGUACAACUACAAGGGCGAGGCACCCGACACGGAUAUUGGACGCGUCUUUGUCGAUGAUGACGACGAUUGGGAUCUGGAUGACAAGCACUUUCAGUGGAAGAGCGGCAUUCCACACGAACAGUUCCGUUUGAAUCCGAGCACCGGAAUGAUCACCAUACUCGAGGGCACCAGCGAGGGUGAAUACAUGCUGGAGUUCACUGUGACCGAGGAUUCAACGCUGAUCCCUCGACACUCUGUGGACGCCGAUGUGACUGUGUUGGUGCGUGAAUUGCCCGAGGAGGCGGUGGACAAGAGUGGCAGCAUUCGUUUCUACAACAUCACCAAGGAGGAGUUCAUCAGUGUGCCGCGAGAUGUGCUCGCAGAUGAUGCCUUCUCGCUCAAGGAUCGAUUGCAGCACUCGCUGGCCAAACUCUUCAACACAUCCGUCUCGAAUGUGGACGUUUUCACGGUGCUCCAGAAUGAGAAUCGUACACUGGACGUGCGCUACUCGGCUCACGGUUCACCCUACUAUGCGCCGGAGAAGCUCAACGGAAUGGUGGCGCAGACACAGCAACGGUUAGAGAACGAUUUGGAUCUGCAAAUGCUUAUGGUCAACAUUGAUGAGUGUCUGAUUGAGCGCCUCAAGUGCGAGAGCUCCUGUACCAAUGAGCUGCACAAGAGCUCCGUGCCCUACAUGAUCUACUCCAACACCAGCUCCUUUGUCGGCGUCAAUGCGUUCGUCCAAGCGCAGUGUGUCUGUGAUGCACUGCCUCCGAUCUCGCCCUGCCUCAAUGGCGGCUCGCGUCGUUAUGGCGAGAAUGAUGCCUGCGAUUGCAUCGAUGGCUUUACGGGUCCUCACUGUGAACUCGUCUCCGUUGGUUUCUAUGGCAAUGGCUAUGCCUUCUAUGAGCCCAUCUCGGCCUGCGACAACACCCGCAUCAGUUUGGAGAUUGCGCCACAGCACGAGCAGGGGUUGAUCAUGUAUUUGGGACCACUGAACUACAAUCCGCUGUUGCCGCUGACCGACUUCCUCUCGCUGGAACUGGACAAGGGUUAUCCGGUGCUCAGUGUGGAUUACGGAUCGGGCAUGGUGCGCAUUAAGCAUCAGCAUAUCCAAUUGCAACCGGGUCGAUCCUAUCAACUGGACAUUAUACUGCAACGGGCAAGCAUCGAGAUGACCGUGGACAAUUGUCGUCUCUCCACCUGCAUGAGCCUGGGUGCACCCCAGGGACCAAAUGAAUUCCUCAACGUCAACUCUCCGCUGCAGCUGGGUGGUACUCCCGUGGAUCUGGCGCAAUUGGGCCGUCAACUCAACUGGACGCAUACACCAAAUCAGCAGGGAUUCUUCGGCUGUGUCCGCAAUCUGACCAUCAAUGAGCGUACCUACAAUCUGGGCAUGCCCUCGCUCUCCCGCAACAUUGACAGCGGCUGCCAGCGGGCGGUGGCUGUUGCCGUCAGCUUUGGCAUCGAUAGGAAUUUCAUCAUAGCAAUUAUCACAUGCAUUGCACUGCUGCUGAUCAUCCUGCUUGCGGUGGUUGUGCAGAAGAAGCAGAAGAAUGGCUGGCACGAGAAGGACAUUGAUGAUAUACGUGAGACGAUCAUCAACUAUGAGGAUGAGGGUGGCGGCGAACGGGACACCGAUUAUGAUCUGAAUGUGCUGCGCACGCAACCCUUCUACGAGGAGAAACUGUAUAAGGAUCCACAUGCGUUGCAUGCUGCAGCAGGCAUGCGGGAUCCGAAUGAUAUACCCGAUAUUGGUGACUUCCUUGGUGGGAAGAAGGAGAACUGUGACAGGGACACGGGCGCCAACACCGUGGACGAUGUACGGCAUUAUGCGUAUGAGGGCGAUGGCAACUCCGAUGGCAGUUUGUCCAGCUUGGCCUCGUGCACCGACGAUGGUGAUCUCAAUUUCGACUAUCUGUCCAAUUUUGGGCCACGAUUCCGCAAACUUGCCGACAUGUACGGCGAGGAGCCCUCCGACACCGAUUCCAAUGUCGACGACGAUCAGGGCUGGCGCAUUUGAACAGACAAGAAAUACAACAAACUAAAAACAAAAAACGAGUACGUAGAUAGCGAGUACGAAAUCGAAAAGACUUUUUUACGAUAAGUAGGCAGGAGAUGGAGGAGUAGGCGUGGCGCCGGGAUUAUCGGUACACCGGCUUAGCCGGAACGUAUCCAAAACGGUAUCAACGGUGUCAUGCGCUCCUGGGAAGACAUUGCAAAUAUAUAUAGAUUUUUACUAUUGUCGAGGCGCAUUGCAAGGGAGCAUUUAGUAGGAACACUUUUUUCGUCUGUAAUCGCUUAAAAGUGAUCUUGAUCUUACGUAAAAACUAAAAAAAAAAAAAUAAUAAAAAAAAUAACGAUCCACACAAAAACAAAAUGAAAAUGGAAAACAGAAAUCCAAGCUUAGAUUUAGCAAAAGCAACUGCGAACAAAUCAAAAUAGCAUUGUUGUCUGUAUUUUUUUGAGAAAAAAUACAGCACUAAACACAAAUAUCAUUUAGAGUACAUUCAAAAUCCAUUGAAAUUAAUUUAA